AUCAAACUCAUACAUGCAAACACAGUGGCUAUAUUAGUGAAUAGAGAGACAGAGCUAGGAAGUCUAAGAGGCAAUGUAUGUAAAACAACACAAGAAAAUUCGUAUAAAAUAGAGAUAGAGAGAGAAAGAGAGAGUAGAAAAAAGUUUACCGUCUUCGUUUGGCAUUGAAGGAAAAAAAAUUGCACACAAGCUCAAAAUAAAUGCUAACACGUUCAUCAUUACAAUUACUAAAAUUGACGAGUUACAAUUCAAUUUACUGUGUAAAACCAUUCGCGUGAAUGAAAUUUCGAUUUGGUUUCGAUGUGAAUUAAUUUAUGCGAUAAAAUUAAUAAGUCAGUCAAAGAGACAAACUACAAAAAAAAAACAAAGUGCAAACUGAAAGCGUGUUUAACUGGAGUUAGUUGGCUGGAUAAGUCGAGGUACUGAAUUUUAAACGCCAUAAACGUGAAUAUUUUUGACGUGAAAACAAGAGCUUGUCCUCUUUGGUCUUGAUUAUUCUAAUAUCACGAAUGCACACAUAAUUGUAUGGUGUUCAAAAGAUAACUAAAUUCGAUCUUAAAGUCAGACAAAAGAAACAACAAAAAGAAAGUGCGGUACUAGCGACUAAAUAAGUAAAUAGCAAACCAUGCAAGGACAACAGCCAGUAAUACGGCAAACAGAUCAACAAAUUUUACAACAACCAGCCAGCAUUGUUAUCAAAAUGACUGAUGGCAUUCAACAAAUUACACCAGUUGGCCUACUGGAACUCGCCCAUCGAGAAUACCAAGCAGUGGACUACGAAAAUGCUGAACGACAUUGUAUGCAACUAUGGCGACAAGAUAGCAGCAACACUGGUGUUUUAUUGCUUCUGUCAUCAAUUCACUUCCAGUGUCGACGAUUUGACAAAUCCGCACAUUUUUCAACAUUGGCUAUCAAACAAAAUCCACUUCUGGCAGAAGCGUAUAGCAAUUUGGGCAAUGUGUACAAAGAACGUGGACAAUUACAAGAAGCAUUGGAAAAUUAUAGACAUGCCGUUCGUCUAAAGCCGGAUUUUAUCGAUGGCUACAUUAAUUUGGCUGCUGCAUUAGUUGCAGCCCGAGACAUGGAACAGGCCGUACAAGCAUAUGUUACUGCCCUGCAGUACAAUCCGGAUUUAUAUUGCGUUCGCAGUGAUCUGGGAAAUUUACUAAAAGCAUUAGGUAGAUUGGACGAGGCAAAGGCGUGUUACUUGAAAGCAAUUGAAACACGUCCGGAUUUCGCCGUUGCAUGGAGUAACUUGGGAUGUGUGUUUAAUGCACAAGGCGAAAUUUGGUUGGCAAUUCAUCAUUUUGAAAAGGCGGUCACAUUAGAUCCAAACUUUUUGGAUGCAUACAUCAAUUUGGGAAAUGUUUUGAAAGAGGCCCGCAUAUUUGAUCGAGCCGUAGCUGCUUAUUUACGAGCGUUGAAUUUAUCACCAAAUAAUGCGGUCGUGCAUGGAAAUUUGGCCUGUGUCUACUAUGAACAAGGACUCAUUGAUCUGGCCAUCGACACGUAUCGCCGAGCCAUCGAACUACAGCCGAACUUCCCAGACGCAUAUUGUAAUUUGGCCAAUGCACUCAAAGAAAAGGGACAGGUCCAAGAAGCUGAAGAUUGUUAUAAUACAGCACUUCGUCUAUGCCCAACACAUGCUGAUUCGUUGAAUAAUUUGGCAAACAUCAAACGUGAGCAAGGAUUUAUCGAAGAAGCAACUCGAUUAUAUUUGAAAGCAUUGGAAGUGUUCCCCGAAUUCGCGGCAGCACAUUCAAAUUUGGCAUCAGUUUUGCAGCAACAAGGCAAAUUAAAUGAGGCCCUCAUGCAUUACAAAGAAGCGAUUCGUAUUCAGCCAUCGUUUGCUGAUGCAUACUCAAAUAUGGGAAAUACUCUGAAAGAAAUGCAAGAUGUUACCGGAGCAUUACAAUGUUACACACGAGCAAUUCAAAUAAAUCCAGCUUUUGCUGAUGCACACAGCAAUUUGGCCAGCAUUCAUAAGGACUCUGGAAAUAUACCCGAGGCUAUACAGUCAUACCGUACAGCGCUUAAAUUGAAACCAGACUUUCCCGAUGCAUACUGUAAUUUGGCACAUUGCUUGCAAAUCGUAUGCGAUUGGUCCGACUAUGAUAGUCGCAUGAAAAAAUUGGUUGCUAUUGUUGCCGAACAACUCGAAAAGAAUCGUUUGCCAUCGGUACAUCCGCAUCAUUCAAUGCUCUAUCCAUUGAGCCAUGAAUUCCGUAAAGCAAUUGCUGCCCGACAUGCCAAUUUAUGCUUGGAAAAGAUUCACAUAUUACAUAAGCCACCAUACAAAUUUUGUCGCGAGUUGAAUUCAACUCGACUACGAAUUGGAUAUGUGAGCAGCGAUUUCGGCAAUCAUCCAACAUCGCAUUUAAUGCAGAGCGUACCCGGAAUGCAUGAUCGAAGUCGAUUUGAAAUCUUUUGCUAUGCCCUCAGUGUUGAUGAUGGCACAGCUUUUCGUAGUAAAAUUACCAACGAAGCCGAACAUUUCAUUGACUUAUCACAGAUUCCAUGUAAUGGAAAAGCCGCUGAUCGUAUUUAUGCCGACGGUAUUCAUGUUCUUGUUAAUAUGAAUGGUUAUACAAAGGGUGCUCGCAACGAAAUAUUCGCAUUGCGUCCAGCACCAAUUCAGGUUAUGUGGCUUGGUUAUCCAGGAACAAGCGGUGCAAGCUAUAUGGACUACAUCAUAACUGAUGCAAUUACUUCACCACUCGAAUUACAGGAUCAAUACAGUGAAAAAUUGGCAUACAUGCCAUACACAUACUUUAUCGGUGACCACAAACAAAUGUUUCCGCAUCUCAAAGAGCGACUUGUUGUUAGCGAUAAAAGCGGCAAUGGAAAUUUAGCGGACAAUGUAGCUGUUAUCAAUGCGACCGAUUUAUCGCCACUCGUUGAGAGCACUGAUGUUAAAGAGAUUCGUGAAGUGAUUAUUUCACAGAAAACGGUUGAGGUGUCGAUGAAAGUGGCUGAAUUGCCAACAACAACACCGAUCGAAACAAUGAUUGCAAACCAUCAAAUUCAAACGUCAGUCAAUGGUGUCGUACUACAGAAUGGAUUGACCACCACACAAAUAAAUAAUAAGGCAGCCACUGGUGAAGAAGUACCACAAAAUAUUGUAAUAACCACCAGACAGCAGUAUGGAUUGCCAGACAGUGCUAUUAUCUAUUGUAACUUCAAUCAAUUGUAUAAAAUUGAUCCAUUAACUUUGGAAUCAUGGGUGAAUAUUUUGAAAUGUGUUCCAAACUCCGUUCUAUGGUUGCUUCGUUUUCCAGCCGUUGGUGAACCAAAUCUGCAACAAACUGCACAAAAUUUGGGCUUACCAGGUGGUCGUAUAAUCUUUUCCAAUGUUGCUGCAAAGGAAGAGCACGUUCGUCGUGGUCAGUUGGCCGAUGUUUGUUUGGAUACACCAUUAUGUAAUGGUCACACAACAUCGAUGGAUGUACUAUGGACCGGAACCCCAGUUGUAACAUUACCCGGUGAAACACUUGCUUCACGAGUCGCUGCAUCACAACUCAACACGCUUGGUUGCCCAGAACUGAUUGCCCGAAGCCGUCAAGAGUAUGAGCAAAUUGCCAUUCGCUUGGGAAAUGAUCGAGAAUAUUUGCGAAGCAUGCGUCACAAAGUGUGGAAAGCACGUGCUGAUAGCCCAUUAUUUGAUUGCAAAGAAUACGCAAACGGAUUGGAGUUGUUAUUCUCACGGAUGUGGGAUCGUCAUUCACACGGUCAUGAUGUCGCUGAUCACAUAACAGACACUACAGUAGCCGUUGGGAAAUAAAAUGCAAGCUGAUUAAAAAUUAGUUGUUGCAAUGAAAAACAACUACAUACAUCUCGUUAGCCCAUAAGAUUUAAAUACAAUAGUUUAUUAUAAUUGUAAUUAUUAUAUAUAUUUUUUGUUCUUUACCCUUGCGGAUGUUACAUUUUUCAAUAAUUGCCGAAUAUAAUUUUUGAGCUGUAAACAAAUCAAUUGUCUAAUAUAUUGUUUGCUUUGACCCGGUAUUUGAGCACUUAUGUUUUAAAAAUUCAAAUAAAUAAAGUAUUCAAAUUUGACGCAUUGCAAAUCUA